GUUUUUUUGUGAUGCUGCCAAUGAAGGAAGAAAAGUGAUUCACAUUUCGAUUGAGCGACAAUUAUUUUAAUUUAAUUAUUUCCCUAGUUUUUUAGUUUAUUUUUCACUUUAAUUCACAAUAACCUUCGUUUUUAAGUUAUUCGUUUUAAAAAAGAAAAAUAUCCCCAUUCUAUAAGUGCAACAUAAAAUAUUUACAGAAAAAAAAGUGCUUGCUUUGGAAACGAAAAGUGAAAAAGUGUAACAACCGUCGCCGCCUUUCGUCGUCGCCGUCGUUGUUGGUUUUGGAAAUACAAAAAUCGUGUUCAAUAAAAAAUAAAUUAAAUAAAAUACGUAUUUUUUUUAAAUCAUGGGUUGUGCAGUGAGUACAGCUAGAGAUAAGGAAGCAAUCGAGCGAUCGAAGAAAAUCGAUCGGGCACUACGAGCCGAAGGCGAGCGAGCUGCCUCCGAGGUGAAACUUCUACUUUUGGGUGCCGGCGAAUCGGGAAAAUCCACAAUUGUCAAACAAAUGAAAAUUAUCCACGAAACUGGAUAUUCUCAAGAAGAAUGUGAACAAUAUCGACGUGUGGUUUACAGCAAUACAAUCCAGAGUCUCAUGGCAAUUAUAAGAGCGAUGGGUCAUCUGAAAAUUGAUUUUGCUGAUCCAUCAAAAACAGAAAUUGCACGACAAUUCUUCACAUAUGCCUCAGCUGCUGAAGAAGGAAUUUUAAUUCCAGAAAUUGUACUUCUCAUGAAGAAACUAUGGGCUGAUGCUGGAGUUCAACAAUCUUUUGCAAGAUCUCGUGAAUAUCAACUUAACGAUUCGGCAGCUUAUUAUUUAAACUCUCUAGACAGAAUUUCUCAACCAAACUACAUUCCACUGCAAGAAGAUGUUCUUCGUACACGAGUCAAAACCACUGGUAUUGUGGAAACGCAUUUCACCUGCAAAGGUUUGCAUUUUAAAAUGUUUGAUGUUGGUGGCCAACGAUCUGAAAGAAAAAAAUGGAUUCAUUGUUUUGAAGGUGUAACUGCUAUUAUUUUCUGCGUAGCACUUUCAGGAUAUGACUUAGUUCUGGCGGAAGACGAAGAGAUGAACCGUAUGAUUGAAUCUCUGAAACUUUUCGACUCCAUAUGCAAUUCCAAAUGGUUUGUUGAGACCUCAAUAAUUCUUUUCCUCAAUAAAAAAGAUUUAUUUGGAGAAAAAAUAAACAGAUCCCCAUUGACGAUAUGUUUCCCAGAAUACACAGGUUCGAACACAUUUGAAGAAGCUUCCAAUUAUAUCAGAAUGAAAUUUGAAAACCUUAAUAAACGAAAAGACCACAAAGAAAUUUACACCCAUCUAACCUGCGCCACAGAUACAAAUAAUAUUCAAUUUGUAUUCGAUGCUGUUACUGAUGUUAUUAUUAAAAACAAUCUUAAAGAUUGUGGAUUAUACUAAUUUAAAUUUGUAUUCUUUUUUUAAUGCUAGUUCUAUAUCAUAGCUAUUAUUCCUAAUUUCAAUUCACUCAAAACUUCUAUUUCUGCAUCCGUUCAAUGAGCGGUAAUGAAAAUAUAAAAUGAACAAAAAGACAAUAUUAUAUUAUGUAUGUUUAAAUGUUUAUAUCUCAAUAGAUUCACAGGAAUGAUAAUUUAUAGAAAUAUAUACACAAACGCACACGUUUUUUUAACGCACAAUCUAAUAAAUUACCUUAGUUGUAUAGAAUAUAUAUAAUUUAAUGUAAAGCGGGGCAAGUUAAUGCCUUCAUAUAGAAAAAGAAUUAUAUAACAAAAUGAGAAAAAACGAAACGAUUGUGACAAAUUGCUAAAAUAUGCCUUUCCUUUUAUUAACUAAGAUUUAUUUAACAUUUACAUGUAUAUCUACUAUAUAUUAUAUCUAUAUACUUAUAUACAAUUUUUCUAUCGCUCAAAUGCGACUGGCUACAAGUGUUUAGAGAAGACUGAGAAUUUGCAGCCUAUGCCAUAACAUUAGAAAAAAAAAAAACCGAAAAACAGAAUUUAAAAAUGAUUUUGAGAUUAUUUAUUCAUUUGGUUUUUAUUUUGGAUGUUGCGAAAUUGCUUACAUAUUUUUUCAUAAAUCAAAAAUUCAAAUUUUCGAACUCGGUGCUACUAUCUACGUAUACAGAAGAUAUUUCGAGACCAAAAUAUUUUGCAUUUAAAUUCAUUCCAAGAAAAUUGCAUUCAAAAUUUUGGUUAAAGUCAGUUGACAAUUUAAAAAAAAAAUCCAUACAACUAAAAUUUAUUUAAGCAUUUAUCAAAAUUUCAUUCUUUUUUUUU